AUGCCAUACAACUGCUGCCUGCCCACCAUGAGCUGCCGCACCAGCUGCUCCUCCCGGCCCUGCGUGCCCAACAGCUGCCACGGCUGCACCCUGCCCGGGGCCUGCAACAUCCCCGCCAAUGUGGGCAACUGCAAUUGGUUCUGUGAGGGCUCCUUCAAUGGCAAUGAGAAGGAGACCAUGCAGUUCCUGAAUGACCGCCUGGCCAGCUACCUGGAGAAGGUGAGGCAGCUGGAGAGAGAGAAUGCAGAGCUGGAGUGUCGGAUCCAGGAGAGGAACCAGCAGCAGGACCCUCUGGUGUGCCCUGCCUACCAGGCCUACUUCAGGACCAUUGAGGAGCUGCAGCAGAAGAUCCUGUGCAGCAAGUCUGAGAAUGCCAGGUUGGUGGUACAGAUAGAUAAUGCCAAGCUGGCUGCAGAUGACUUCAGGACUAAGUAUGAGACAGAGCUGUCCCUGAGGCAGCUGGUGGAGUCAGAUAUCAACGGCCUGCGCAGGAUCCUGGAUGAGCUGACCCUGUGCAAGUCUGACCUGGAGGCACAGGUGGAGUCCCUGAAGGAGGAGCUGCUGUGUCUCAAGAGGAACCAUGAGGAGGAAGUCAACACCCUACGCUGUCAGCUUGGAGACCGCCUCAACGUGGAGGUAGACGCUGCUCCCACUGUGGACCUAAACCGUGUGCUCAAUGAGACCAGGUGUCAGUACGAGGCUCUGGUGGAAACCAACCGCAGAGAAGUGGAGGAAUGGUUCACCACACAGACCGAGGAGCUGAACAAGCAGGUGGUGUCCAGCUCAGAGCAGCUGCAGUCCUGCCAGGCAGAGAUCAUCGAGCUGAGACGCACAGUCAACGCCCUGGAGAUCGAGCUGCAGGCCCAGCACAACCUGAGAAACUCUCUGGAAAACACACUGACAGAGAGCGAGGCUCGCUACAGCUCCCAGCUGUCCCAGGUGCAGUGUCUGAUCACCAACGUGGAGUCCCAACUUGGUGAGAUCCGGGCUGACCUGGAGCGUCAGAACCAGGAAUACCAGGUGCUGCUGGACAUCCGGGCCCGGCUGGAGUGUGAGAUCAACACGUACCGGGGCCUGCUGGAGAGCGAGGACUGCAAGCUACCCUGCAAUCCGUGUGCCACAAGUAACGCAUGCGGCAAGCCCAUCGGGCCCUGUGUCUCCAAUCCCUGCACACCAUGCCCACCCCCUGCCCCUUGCACACCUUGUGUCCCACGGCCCCGCUGUGGGCCAUGCAACACCUUUGUGCGCUAG